AUGGCCGAAGAAACAGCAAUGACAGAUGCUGCGACGACUCCAGUGGAAGAUAUGAGUUUAUUGUCCAUCACUGACGGAGAGAAUGCCCGUGGGAUUCCUUUUGUAAAGUUCAUUGAUGAUGUUGACAGCUUUGCCAAUUCCUUUACUCCACCAGCCAGCGCUGAAUUGAUUAUCGGUGCUUAUUCUGAGUUGCAUUCUAAAUUCAAGACUUUUGAGACUACAUUGACGCAAAAACAACACAACUAUAAGCAAAAGAUUCCAGAUAUCGAAAAGUCACUGUCGUUGAUAAAGAAUCUCGUCAAGAAAAAGGAGGAGAACGAAUCAGCAAUCACACGGUACAACUUGGCGGACAGCAUAUACGGCAAAGCAGAAAUAGAUUGCUCAGCGGGAAUCGUAAACCUUUGGUUGGGAGCGAAUGUCAUGUUGGAGUAUACCUAUGAAGAAGCCAUUGCUUUCUUGUCACAAAACGAGGAGUCAGCACGAAGGGAGUUUCAAACUGUGAAAGAAGAUCUGGCUUUUGUUCGGGACCAAAUUGUGACCUCGGAAGUCAGUAUGACACGAAUUUUUAAUUGGGAUGUAAGAAAGCGACGUGCAGAAGGAGAAGGAACAAAGUAA